CAAACUCCCUCUUUUCUCCCUGUUCUUUGCAGCCGGUCGGACGCACGCGUCCCAUACCUGCAUAGAGCUCCCUGCAUUCUUGAGGACCGUCCCGUAUCGAACGUCGCAAUAUCCCGCGCGCACUGCACCAAGAGGGAGACGAUACCGAAAAUAAUUCACUUCAACCAAAAAUAUUAUAAAGUCCAGGACUUCACAACCAUUAAUCGAAAUGUUUGUCAAAAGAAUGCGACCAGUAAGGUUCCUCCUCCUUCUGUGCACAGUUUGCCAUCUGACCCUGGCUUUCCCCGCCCAAACAGGAUACUCAGAAGAUGACAACCGACAACUCCAGGUCACCAUCUCCAAGGCAACCCCGAUCUACACUGCACAGCUAGGAGGCUCCAUCACAAUCCCCUGUCUGGUGUCCCUGUCCCCCUCGUCCUCCUCGCCCCCCAUCCCGCCCCGGGUCAAGUGGAGCGUGUUGCAUGAUGGGGAGCAGGAGGAGACAGAGAUCCUGGUGGCGCGGGGUCAAAGGGUGAAGGUCAACGAGGCCUACAGAGAACGAGCUUCCUUGGUCAACUUUGCAGACUCGCCCGAGGACCUUUCCCUCUGGCUGGGGGAGCUGCGCUCAACAGACACAGGGCACUACCGUUGCGAGGUGCAGCAGGGCCUGGACGACGCAAGCAACUUCACACAGCUCAAGGUCAAAGGUGUGGUCUUCCACUACAGACAUGCCUCUGGUCGCUAUGCAUUUUCGUUCAGUGAGGCCCAGGGGGUGUGCGAGAGCAUUGGGGCACACAUUGCUACUCCCGACCAGCUUCUGGCAGCCUAUUACGAUGGAUAUGAGCAGUGUGACGCCGGCUGGCUCGCUGACCAAUCUGUCAGAUAUCCAAUCCAAGUUCCCCGGGAAGGUUGCUAUGGUGACAUGGAUGGCCGCCCAGGAGUGAGGAACUAUGGGACGCUGGAACCAGAGGAGCUGUUUGAUGUGUAUUGUUAUGUGGAGCAUAUUGAUGGGGAGGUGUUCCAUGGCUCUGCCCCUAAGCAGCUGUCAUUGAAUGAGGCUUGGGCGUACUGCGAGAAGGAAGGGGCAGAGCUGGCUACCACAGGGCAGCUGUACAUGGCGUGGAGUGAGGGUCUGGACCGCUGCAACCCUGGCUGGCUGUCUGAUGGCAGUGUGCGCUACCCCGUCAUCACCCCUAGAGCGCGCUGUGGAGGGCCUCAGGCAGGGGUCAAGACCCUGUAUCGCUACAGCAACCAGACAGGCUUCCCUGAAUCAUCCAGCCGCCAUGAUGUUUACUGUUUCAGAGGUAAUGGGAAUCCUCACACUGAUGCCCCCAUGGACUACAUUGCCACUGAGCCAGAGGACAUCGGACAAGAUAUUGUUGUUCUUAUGGAGCCUGCCGAGGAGCUCCAUCUGAGCCAGGAUCCAGAGCAAGUGGAGCGAGAGGCCCAGAGUGUCCUGCAAUCCCUCCCUGUCUUCCAGUCAGCUCCUGCUCGGGAGGACCUGCAAGGAUCUCCCCCUACUUCCAUGUCAAGCACAGAGGUCCCACUCACCCGUACAGCUUCCACCCAGUACCUCAUCCAGCCUUUUGAUGAGACUUCACUUCCUGUAGAAGAACACUACCACUCCCAGCAUCCUACUUCAUUACCCAGCACCUCCAGUGAGCCAGACUCCCUUCAUGAAGAACACUACCACUCCCAGGAUCCUACUUCAUUACCCAGCACCUCCAGUGAGCCAGACUCCCUCCACGAAGGAGACUAUCACUCCCAGAAUUCUAGUUCACUACCCAGCACCUCCAGUGAGCCAGACUCCCUUCAUGAAGAAGAUUAUCACUCCCAACAUACUACUUCAUUACCAAGCACCUCCAGUGAGCCAGACUCCCUUCAUGAAGAAGAUUAUCACUCCCAACAUACUACUUCAUUACCCAGCACCUCCAGUGAGCCAGACUCCCUCCACGAAGGAGACUAUCACUCCCAGAAUUCUAGUUCACUACUCAGCACCUCCAGUGAGCCAGACUCCCUCCACGAAGGAGACUAUCACUCCCAGAAUUCUACUUCACUACUCAGCACCUCCAGUGAGCCAGACUCCCUCCUCAAAGGAGACUAUCCCUCCCAGUAUUCUACUUCACUACCCAGCACCUCCAGUGAGCCAGACUCCAUCCUCAAAGGAGACUAUCUCUCCCAGCAUUCUAGUUCACUUCCCAGCACCUCUAGUGAGCUAGACUCCCUCCACGAAGGAGACUAUCCCUCCCAGCAUUCUACUUCACUACCCAGCACCUCCAGUAAGCCAGACUCCCUCCUCGAAGGAGACUAUCACACCCAGAAUUCUAGUUCACUACCCAGCACCUCAAGUGUGCCAGACUCCCUCCUCGAAGGAGACUAUCACUCCCAGAAUUCUAGUUCACUACCCAGCACCUCAAGUGUGCCAGACUCCCUCCUCAAAGGAGACUAUCACUCCCAGAAUUCUAGUUCACUACCCAGCACCUCCAGUGUGCCAGACUCCCUCCUCAAAGGAGACUAUCACUCCCAGAAUUCUAGUUCACUACCCAGCACCUCCAGUGUGCCAGACUCCCUUCAUGAAGAAGAUUAUCACUCCCAACAUCCUACUUCAUUACCCAGCACCUCCAGUGAGCCAGACUCCCUCCUCGAAGGAGACUAUCACUCCCAGAAUUCUAGUUCACUACCCAGCACCUCCAGUGUGCCAGUGCCCAACUCCAGUUUCUACCGGCUCGAACUGGAAACGACCCCAAAAUUCCCAGAGCCGUCCUACGAGCCACACAGACAUUACCAGCCGAUGCCAGAGAUGAACCCGGAGGAACCCGACUACCAGCAGUCAGGCUCUUCCAAGCACUUCCAGCCGAUGCCAGAGACCAACCUGGAGUUGGAUCAACUGGAAGCCAACAACAGCACAACAGCAGGUAACCAGAGUCAUCGGGAGAAUGCACAAGAGACUACCAACAUGGCCUUUGACCCCAUAGAGAAUGCUACCGAGGCACGUGACCCCACCGCAGAGAGAAGGCACAAAGAGGCGAUUGUGGGAGAACCUGAGGAGACAUCCAUCUCGACCGAAUCCCCGGGAGAGCUUGAUCCCCACACAGUCUGGUCUACACUCCCCCCCCACGGAAGGGCAACCUCAGUGUGGUUGCCCCUGGAUGGAUCUGGAGAUAUGUCCCAAGAGAUAGACCUAGGUGUCCACCAGGGAAUGCACACAGACAGAUCCCCCACCUCUGAAUUCUCUGACUUCACCACUCACAUGUCUGCCUCCCCUGGAGCCACCAGCAUCCCCAGUAAGCAGCAGACAGGAGUUUCGCAUUCAAGCAGCAUCUCAUCUGGACUGGAUCAUUCUGAGGAGCUGGGACUGGAUGUGUACUCCACAGUAGCUGUGUACUCCACAGUAGGUCAUCCACAAGGAACCUCCCAGAGAACUUCCUCCGCUAGGCCGGAAGGCAGCACCAGUAUAGAUUUCGAGGGUAGCGACAAUCCAGAGAGAUUGGAACCUUCAGGAGCAGUGGAGCUGGAACCAAGGGAGUCUGAUGAGGAGCACCUGGGGUCUGGAGAGGGCAUUGCUACGACUGAGUCUCCAGACCUGUCCACCACCUCCCUGCUGCCUGUGGAGUUUACCACAAUGGGCUAUCAAACAACGGCCAUGUCCAGAAUAGAGGUGGAUCCCACAACCACGGACCCUGAAGAAGACGGAAGUGGACAUGAGUCAGGCACUGAUGAACCAUCCCCCGGACAAAAAGUUACAGUCUUCCCCCUUGAGUCGCAAACACCCAGUUGGGAUCUGCACCAUACCACCUCUGCACCCCAAGAGUCUCAGGACGACCUUGAAUACAGCGGGGAACCCGCUUCCACCUCUUCCCAGACAGAGGUUCCAAACUCCUCAGCUGAACCUGUUCUGUUUGGGUCAGACUCCUUGUCCACCUCAAGUACAGAUCCCACCGCUGCCACUAUGUCCACAUCCACCACGUACACAUCCACAGAGUGGGCCACACAGACGUGGAGCCCCGUCACCUCCACUACACAAGGUCCCCCAGAGCCGGAGAGGGUGACGGCUCUUAUGCCCCCUGUGGAUCAGGGCCGGUUGGAUCUGGAAUUCGGCCUCACCCAGCCGCCGACCCUGCUCAUCUUGCCCAAUGAGAGGGCUGCUGUGGGCAGUUCCAGGAAGAUUUCAGGACUGGCCUCUUGCUGUGUUUCAGAUGCCUGUCUGGAGAACCCCUGUGCCAACGGCGGCACCUGCGUUGAGAUGGGCGGGAGCACCAAAUGCCUCUGUUUGCCCAGCUAUGGAGGUGACCUCUGUCAGAUGGAUCUGGAGCAGUGUGGGGUGGGCUGGCAGAAGUUCCACGGGAAUUGCUACAAGCACUUCAACCAGCGGCUGAGCUGGGAGGUGGCGGAGCAGCACUGUCGCAUGGUGGGGGGCCACCUGGUGUCAAUCAUGACCCCUGAGGAGCAGGACUUCAUUAACAAUAACUAUAAGGAGUAUCAGUGGACUGGACUGAACGACAAGACCAUCGAGGGGGAUUUCCGCUGGUCCGAUGGCAACCCAUUGCUCUAUGAGAACUGGUACAGGGGCCAGCCUGACAGUUACUUCCUGUCUGGAGAGGACUGUGUGGUGAUGGUGUGGCAUGAUGCCGGGCGCUGGAGUGAUGUGCCCUGCAACUACCACCUGGCCUACACCUGCAAGAAAGGCACCUCUUCAUGUGGCCCUCCCCCCAAAGUCCGGAACGCAUCUGCGUUUGGCAGAAUCCGCCAGAGGUACGAGACGGACGCCGUUGUGCGCUACUACUGUGCCCAGGGCUUCCAGCAGAGACAAAACCCUCUGGUCAAGUGCCUGCCAGGUGGCAAGUGGGAGGAGCCCCAGAUCCUCUGCAUUCCUGGGGCAGGAAACACAGCACAGGUAGCAGGAGUAACAUCACCAACAACAGGAAACUGACUGAAGAGGAAUCACAAACAAAGAAAACGGCUCAAUACUGGGACAUCAAGGGGAACUUUUAAAUUCCAUACCACGUCCCAUUACACUUCAAGAGUUUUCUUUCUUCAUUGACCAGAGAUCUGAAAUGGCUGAACAUGUGAAGGCAAUAUGGUGAUCUUGAAAGGAGACAAGGAAAGAGUAUUGGGACACAGGGUCAGUUUGGCAUUUACAUUCCUACUCCUCCCCAAAGCACAUUGAUCUGAAACUGUUGUUGGGAUAGCCUGGGCUUUAGGGUCUCUUGCAGCCCUACAUAGGAUGCCAUGAAUUGCAAUGGUGUGCUAGAAUGCGGAACACGGAACAUUUUCCGUGAAAAGUCCUUAGGCUUUCCGAAAAUCCUGUCACUGACGCAUAUCUAUUAUCAGUAAGUCCUUGUCCAUCCAUCCGGAUUGUACACUAUAUAUAUAUAAAAGUAUAUGGACACUCCUUCAAAUUAGUGCAUUUGGCUUUUUCAGCCACACCCAUUGCUGACAGGUGUAUAAAAUCGAGCACACUGCCAUGCAAUCGCCAUAGACAAACAUUGGCAGUAUAAUGGCCUUAUUGAAGAGCUCAGUGACUUCCAACGCGGCACUGUCACAGGAUACCACCUUUCCAACAAGUCAGUUCGGCAAAUUUCUGCCCUGCUAGAGCUUCCCCCGUCAACUGUAAGUGCUGUUAUUGUGAAGUGGAAACGUCUAGGAGCAAAAACGGCUUAGCCGCGAAGUGGUAUGCCACACAAGCUCACAGAAUGGGACCGCUGAGUGCUGAAGCACGUAAUAUGCGACAGUCCUCGGUUGCAACACUCACUACCGAGUUCCAAACUGCCUCUGGAAGCAACGUCAGCACAACAACUGUUCGUCAGGAGCUUAAUAAAGAGGGUUUCCAUGGCUGAGCAGUAGCACACAAGCCUAAGAUCAACAUGCGCAAUGCCAAACGUCAGCUGGAGUGGUUAAAGCUCGCCGCCGUCGGACUCUGGAGCAGAGAUGUUCGACGAGCAGGUGUCCACAUACUUUUGGUCAUGUAGUGUGUAAUGUGUCGCUAUCUGUAAAGAAACCGUCUGAACCUGACUUUUCUCCAAACUGGCACCUAACUCAAACUGUGUUAGACAGUGGUAGGAUACACGGUAGCUCGUCUUGAGAAAAAUUGGGUUCAGACGGUUUCUUUAACGAUACCCACACAUUGUACAAUCCAGAAGGACGGACAAGGAGUAAUGGAUUAUAAAUAUGCCUUCAGUAGCAGGAUUUUUGGAAACCGGUAUGCCUAAGGAUUUUUCACCAAAUAUGUUCCCGGGCUCCAAGUUAUAGCGAUCUAGGAUGCCAUUGCAUUCAAUGUGCGACGUCAACUGUAGGCCCAGGUCUCUUGCUGGUUUUAAACAGGCGUCAGCACGCUAACGGUGUCAAUCAUUGUUUAGUGACUAUUAUUGUCAAAUCAGCUUUAUAAAUCCACCCAUCAUAUUUUAAACAACAGCUGGUCUGUUUGCAAUGCCAUUCAUAUUCCAUCAGCUAGGGAUUACCUGGGGUCUGUCCAGGAGGGGGAAUGUUACAGAAUGUUCAGAUAGAAAUGUAUUGUGUAGAACAGAUAUGAUUGUCCAGCCUGGCCUCAGAGCCAUAUUAAAUAUACUUUAUGUAAUUCUGAGCACCUCCAAGACGUAUGAUACCUACUAAUGGUCUAGUUACUUGAGACAGAAACUCAAGUAGGGAGGUUGGUCGGGGAGGAUGGGUGGGUGUAAUCCGCGACAAUCUAGCAAUCCAAAGUUGCAUGUGUGAGCCGCAUCAGGGUCAUCUGUAGCAUUUUAGCUAAUCCUUAUUCUAAACUUAACCCAAUUCACCUAACCUUUGCCGUUAGUUCCCCUAACCGCCCAUGUAAAUUCUCCCUGUAAUUCUCCUUUGUUGUCACAGCGCAACAAGCAACCUGGCCUCAGAUAAAGACCUGCAAUACUAUAUGUCCUCCAAGACGUAUGAUAAGUUACAUCACCCAGUUCGUAUGUUUUGUAUGACCGGGUAACACCUAUGACACUGUACGUCCUCUAAUUCGAAUGAUAUUGUACGACUGCUAUUCCAUUCAGAAUCUAAUGUAACAUAUCACACUAAAUUGAGUCUUAGACUGUCACAGAUGUACGUACAGAAUAAUAUGAAUUGCCCUGAGACCACAUUGGAUUGCCUGUAGACUUGGGACUUGGGGACGAAUGUAGUUCUAUUAAUAAUAUUUCUACCUGCAAUGUUUUUGAACUUUUUAUCUCACCGAGUACACUCCAGGACAGGUGAGUCAUUAUUGGGAUGAUUGGUUGAGUGUCAGGGAAGACGCACAACAGAUUCUGUGUUCCAUAUCCAAACCUGUCCCACGUCACAACCUCUAGGUCCUUUGAGUCCCCUUCAUAGAACUAAAAAGGACUGUAUAGGUGUACACAAUAUUGUGGGAACUCUGCCAAGCCUACCGGGGGCUAGGUGUGGCUAUUACCACAUUGCUGAUACCAAUCCAACUAUUUCAGAUCCACAAGGUGACUUGACAAAGUCUUUAGAAUAGAAGCAAUGGUUGGUUUGGAAUUGGAGCAGAAAAAUCCCUGUCCUCCUAGGAACCCAUAUCAACUCUUGAACUCAGCAUUAUUUCCAUCUCAACUUUCUCACAACCAUAGAUAGGCCUUCUUAGACUUUUAUCAUCAACAGACUUUAUAUGAAAUAUGGUGCUAACACCCUUGCCUAUGAUACAUGCAUGAAGUACAUUUCAUUUUUUAAAUCAUAAACAAUCAAAAUGGCACGUUUGUGCAGUAGGAUGUUAGAAAACAAAACAACUCAAAACACAGCACGUUUAUAAAGCCAAUUCCAUUAUUGAACUAAAAUGUAAAUGUAUUUAUUCACUCUUAACUAUUUUGGGGUGAAAAAGGCUAGUGAGUAGCCUGCAAUUGUUUUUACAAGGGUGACAAUGCCUUUACCGUACGUAUCAAUGAUAUUGAUUAGAUUUUGUUUCAAAGUAUUGUUGAAUUACUGUCCACUCUUCCCUCUGAUAGAUGCCCUACAUUUUACUGAUACAGUCCUAUGAAAAGCUUUAUGUUGUAAUAAGGUUUUGUAGAAUAAAGCAAGGAUGUAAUCAGUAUUAACCACAAAGCCAUUUUCAGAAAUAUUUUUUGUUUGUUCUUUAUUUUCCCGAUUUUAUAAGUAUAUUUUACAGUAACACUCUUCCUUUAUAAACAAAAUAAAAUAACAUUAGAACGUU